CUUCCGGCGGAAGCGGGGGGCUCUUUCCCUUUCCGGGUGCGGGUCCCCGGGUGGGCGCGGGCCAUGGCGGAGCUGGCGCAGGGGCAGAGCGCGGCCCCCGUGGGCAUCAAGGCCGAGGGGUUCGCGGACGCGCUGCACCGGGUCCGGCAGAUUGCUGCUAAAAUUGGAGAUAUUCCUCACUUGAAUAAUUCUACAACACUUGUGGACCCAUCAGUCUAUGGUUAUGGAGUGCAGAAACGGCCCCUGGAUGAUGGAGGUCUCCGUGUAAGUGGGCUUCAUGGAGCACAGAUAAGGGACGCAGAGAGAAUAGGUAACCAGUUAGGGGCCCUGGUACAUCAAAGGGCUGUAAUAACAGAAGAGUUCAAAGUGCCUGAUAAAAUGGUUGGAUUUAUAAUCGGCAGGGGAGGAGAACAGAUCUCACGGAUUCAGGCAGAGUCUGGCUGCAAGAUUCAAAUAGCUCCAGACAGUGGUGGGAUGCCUGAGAGGCCCUGUGUUCUCACCGGGACACCAGAGAGCAUUGAGAGCUGAGUUUGAGACUCUCACAAACCAGUUGAGGACCUCCUGCUGGAACUGGAUCCAGGAUCCUCAGGCUUACAGGAACACACUUAACAUAUG